CAUUUUGCGACUGUAGAGUAGAAUGUACAGAGCAGUCAGUAGUUUUUCCUCCUUUAAGUUGCUUUACAGAAGAAAGAUAAUGUGACAGUCUGUUAAAUGUCAACCCUGGAUAUCCGACUAUAGGCCUACUGACGAUUUCGCUACUGACUCGAUAAAUAUCUGCAUUGAAAAUAAUUUUGUGGGUCUGGAAUAAGGUGGAAAGAGCUGGAGAAACAGAAAGAGGAAAGGGCGGGAGAAGAGAGAGAGGAGCUGGAAGAGCAGGGAAAUAGAGGGAGGAGAGUGGAACAAAGAUUCUGGAAAAUUAAGCCACUGUAAAUAGUCAAGAAAACUCCCAAUGCAGAGAUGAAGCCGAUUAAAAAGCAAGGAAGGCGCUCGCCUCCGUCGACCCGAGCCAAAGGGGGGAAGAGACGGGGGACAGGAGACAGUGGAGAGAAAAGAGACUCGGACGAGAACAGAGACCGAUCACCCAAAAGUCAGACCUCACCCCAAACCUCAUCUCACUCAGAGUCUUCUCAGGAGGAGUCGGUGACACUCACAACGAUGACCACGCCAGAGAGGGAGGGCCACAGAGAGGGGCCCCGGGUCCCAGAGACAGCGGCCGCAGCAGCAGUGCCCCUCCCUGGGAAGUCGGAGGACUCCCGCCCGGGGAGCGUCAAAUCGCUGAGCGCCCACAGCACAGACAGCAGCAGCAGCGCCACCAGCGCUGCCAACAGCCCCAACCCCUCGUCCAACCGCAAGACGGCCACCUUCAAGGCCCGCGUCCCCAAGAAGAAGUACACCUCUGAGCACUGUGCUGCCGCCGCCGCUGCCGCCGCCAACCACGGAAGCCCCGGCAACACCGGUGCGCCUCCAUUGAACAGAAAUAGUGCUCACAGUGACAGUAACGCCGGAAGUCAGUUGUCGAGCUUAUCUUCGGGGCCCAGGCCGGUGGCGAGGGAGGGCGGUUCGCUCACUGAUGUCAACAGUCAGACCAGGAGACCAGUGGAGGACUACAUUACCACUAUAGCUCCACCACAGGACAGGGACAACACACCUGGACCCCCUCCCACAGGGGACAGAGACAGGAGAGGCCCAGAGGGAGGCAGAGAAAUCUCCCCCAGCCCUGUCCGCUGCUCCUCUACAGACACGGCCAGCGAACACGACCUGGACGUGAGCGAGCCACACCGCUCCAACUCUCACCACGCCAACCCCACCCCCGAAGCACACACCCUGGCCCUGGUGCAACGUAGCACCCCGCAAACUCCGACCCCACAGAGCCUGUCGGACGCGCUAGCCGACGCCCUGGCCAAAGGUCUAAAGAACCAGCGGGUGCUAGCCAGGCAGGCUCGGAGGAGGACUGGAAAGGGGGAAGAGGAGAACAGAGGAGGGGGUAGGGAGAGCAUGGACUCAGUGUUCAGAGCGGGUGUGGUGCGGCGGGUGAGCGGCGAGCACGGCAGCCUGGAGGUGCAGCUGAACGGCGAGAAGGAGCUUUACCGCUACCCAUUCCGUGAGGGCGCCCAGGGACCCGUGGACAUUAUCAUGGACGCCCCGCCGCCCGGCUCCCAAGCCGUCCCCAUCGGCACCCCUGUGUGCGUGCCCUUCGGAGGCAACGAGGACGGCGGCACCACAGAGGCCCAGCGCCAGUGGUACCGAGAGGGCCUGGUCACCCAGGUGGACUCCCACCCGGCUGUGUCCUACCCCUAUAGAGUGUUGUUAGAGGAUAGAGUGCCCCCAGGGGAUGAGGAAGGGGAUGGCAGGGUGGGCACUCCGACCGCUGUGUGGGUGUCCCGUCAGAGCCUCCGCCUGCUGGUGCCCCCCUGGGACCUGGACCUGGGACCCUGCGGAGGGGGGCGAGAGGAAAGCGAUGCCGCCGCCAAGAGAGGGAGAGAGAGGGAGAGAGAGAAAGAGGACAGGGAUGAGAUAGAGGUGGAGCAGGAGCUGUGUCGCCUCAGCCGUGGGAUGGGGCUCAGCGCGACUGUUGCUGGGUCCGUGUUGGGGAGGCUUUCAUACCCUGGAACGGCCCCCGCCUCCUCGUCUUCCUCCACUGUCAGCUCCCCCGUCACCCCCGCCUCGGUGCUGAGUCUGGUGCCCGGAAGAGACUGGGAGCGAGAGAAGGACCUGGUGGAGAGAGAGCGGGAGCUCCAGAGGAAACAAGAGAGAGAUAACCGAGAGAGGGCCAAGCAGCACCACCACUUCAUGCCCCUGACCCCCGAGGAGGACAUAGAGGUGUCCCACUUCAGCAUGGUGCCCAUGGGGGCGGCGGGGGGGGCGGUCAACACAGGCACACUGGCGGUGUCCCAACACAGGCACAUACUCUCCAAGCCGCCCCCGGGCUACCUCAGCCCCCACCUGUCCGUGGUCCGGAGCCUCGGAGGCACCCCGCUGGUGGGCCCCCACCUGGCCCUCAACCCUCACCCCCCUCCCUCCCCCACGGUGCUACUGGGGCUUGAGUCGGGAGCGCUGGCAGCGGGGGCGGCCGUCAUCGCCACCCCUCAGCUCCCUCCUCUGUCCUCCUCAUCCUCCCGCGGCUCCCUGGAUAAGCCGCCCUCUUCAAACUCCAACUCCCACGGCGCAUCUGGAGGGGGUGGAGGCUCGUGCUCGGGUUCGACUUCCUCGUCGCGCUCCCGCACCCCGCUCACGGCGGCCCAGCAGAAGUACAAGAAGGGCGACGUGGUGUGUACCCCCACGGGCAUCCGCAAGAAGUUCAACGGCAAGCAGUGGAGGAGGCUGUGCUCCAGAGAGGGCUGCUCUAAGGAGUCCCAGAGAAGAGGCUACUGCUCGCGUCAUCUCUCCAUGAGAACUAAAGAGAUGGAGGCCAGCGGAGGGGGCAGAGACCGUGGCGGGGCCAGCAGUACGGGCACCCUAACCCCGUCAGACCUGAGGCUGGGCGGCGGCCGGACCAGUUCAGAGUUCGAUUGGGACAACACGUCGCGAGACAGCAGCGAAGCGAGCAGUAGGGGAGGGGAUUCACGACCCCGCCUGGUCCUGCCCUCGCUCCUGCCCCAGGACUUAUCACGCUUCGACUUUGAUGAGUGCGAGGCGGCCACAAUGCUGGUAUCUCUGGGCAGCUCCCGCUCGGGCACGCCUUCCUUCUCUCCCAUCUCCAACCAGUCGCCCUUCUCGCCCACGCCGUCGCCCUCGCCUUCCCCGCUUUUCGUCUUUCGCCCGGCCACCUUCAGCCCCAUCACGGCGCCGCCUUCGCUCACCCCUCGCCGCCACCGCCACCUGAGCGGCACUAAGGUGGGUACGCCGGGCUCGGAGCGCGAGCGCCACCUGUCGGGCAUCGUACCCACCUUCCAGACCAACCUCACCUUCACUGUGCCCAUGAGCCCCAGCAAGCGGAAACUUGAUGCCCUUCCUCCGCCGCUGCCCCUCUCUGCCCAGGAUUACUCCAAGCCCGACCAGCAGUUAGGGGAGAAUAUAGGCCUAAGCCCAGCCGCCUUCAGGGUGCUCUCUCCUCAGAGCCAGCCCACCACCCCCUCCUCCCUCUCCUUCCCCCGGCCCCGGAGCACCACCACGCCCCCGUCCUCCGCCGCCUCCACCCCCCCGCCAAUGCUGGUGUCUCCAACCCCUCCCUCCCCCCUUCCCCAGGACCCCAGUCCCCGCCGCGUCGUGCCCCUGCGAGACUCCCCCGUCAUCGUGCGGAACCCCGACGUCCCCCUGGCCAAGUUCACAGAUGGACCCCUGGUGAGGAGGGGAGGAGGAGGCCGCUCCUCCAGAGAGCACAGCCAGCCCCUGCACCUUGCCACCGGCCUCCAAGCACCCGUGCCCAUCAACGGCGCCGCCACCAAUGGCGCAGUCCUCCUGCGAAACCCCGCCUCCACCCUUGUCCUUGUAACCUCCUCCCAGUCCCUGACCCCAGCCGUCGCCGGACACCCUGCCCACUCCAGCCCCACCCUCAGUGGUGGCUCCGCCUCCAUCUCCUCGACUGGCUCCGCCCUCUCCAGCUCUGGAUCAGGAGGUAGGGAGUGGGAGAGGAAGCCCGGCGGGCACCAGGACGCCAUUGGAGGGGCAUUGCCCCAGCCGGUAGCCUGCCACCCCUCUCCAACCGCCCUGCUGCCCCUCAUCCUACCAGCCGAGUCCCCUCACCCUGCACCCCGCAAGGACAUCAUCAUUGGACGACCCGGGACAGUAUGGACCAAUGUGGAGCCUCGUUCAGUGCCAGUGUUUCCUUGGCAUUCAUUGGUCCCUUUCCUGGAGCCCAGCCAAUCGAGUGCGGCUGCCCAGCCCACUGAUGGCCAACAGCUUGUCAAUCAGAGCAAAGAGCCCCGUUGUGGGGUGGCCGUAGUGAGUGACGGAUGGGUGGGUCCACCAGACGCAGAGCAAGGGUCUCCAUCCCGCCCACCACCCUCCUCCAAUGACAACGAUCCCCCAGCUGGAAGAGCAGAAAGAGGUGGAGCCGACAGCGAGACAGAGAGCGACGCAGACGACCCGUUUUUUCCGGGUGUAGCCAAUGAUCCUGCCCCGUCUACGGGCCCUAUCAAGAGGCGCACUCAGUCCCUCAGCGCCCUUCCCAAAGAUGGAGACAGAAAGAGGGAAAAGGACCACAUUCGGCGGCCGAUGAACGCGUUCAUGAUUUUCAGCAAGCGUCACCGGGCACUGGUUCAUCAGAGGCACCCCAACCAGGACAACCGCACGGUCAGCAAGAUCCUGGGCGAGUGGUGGUACGCCCUGGGGCCCAAAGAGAAGCAGAAGUACCACGACCUCGCCUUCCAGGUGAAAGAGGCUCACUUCAAGGCCCACCCAGACUGGAAGUGGUGCAACAAGGACAGGAGGAAGUCUAUCUCUGAGGGCCGAGAGACCCCAGGGGCCAAAGAGGCACGCGAGAGGAGCAUGUCGGAGAGCACAGAGCCUGAGUCAGUCUCUCAGGGAAUGGAGGCGAAGGGUGCGGCAGGCCCGGACUGGCCUGCGGGCUCUGAGCGUCAUGCGGGGGCCUACAGUGGUCAGCUCCCUCGCCCCCGGGCCUUCUCCCAGAGUGCAGUACACAGCCUGGAGAGGAGGGAGCGGGCCAGAGAUGUGGAGAAGUUGUGUCGAGAUGGGGCAGGCUCAUUCCGCAGCCGCCCCCCUACUCUCUCCCUGACACAGUGUGGGGCCAGCGAGGACGUGACCAGCGACGAGGAGCGCAUGGUCAUCUGUGAGGAAGAGGGGGACGAUGAUGUCAUGGAGGACUCGUGCCCUGAGGGAUCCAUAGACCUCAAGUGUAAAGAGAGAGUGACUGACAGUGACGAGGAUGAGCCAGAUGGACAGCGAGUCUUCCAGCCAGUGGUCCGCUCCUCUCUCCCCUAUGCCACCAGCACCUCCCACGCCGACUCUCACUCCGACUCUACCAAGGGGAACACAGGGGGGAGCACUGGAGAGAGCUCUGAGAGGAAGAGAAAACGAGGGAUGGAGGGAGGAGAAGAGGGAAGUGGAGAAUCCAAAAGAGGAGGUGGAGGGGGGCAGGUUCCCUCUAAUUCCAUCCCUGGAUCGGCGCCCUUCACCUCGACCCCUGCUCUGGGUUAUGGACUCACCCAGGUGCUCGGUGCAGUCCGGAUGGCACCAACCAUGGUGACCAAUGUGGUAUGCCCCAUCGCCAGCACGCCCAUCCCUAUCACCAGCAAGCCAAUGGAAGGCCCCAUCGCCCUCAGUGCCCUCCCUGGGGAGAAGAAAGCCACGCUUCUGAUUGGUGGACCGGGAGCAGUAGGUGGGCCUAUCACAGCAGGGGGUGGGUACUUGUCCUCGUCCUCUCCCAAUCCCGUGAGUGUGGGGCCGGGGGGGCUGCAGGUCACCAGUCUAGUGCUGGGAGGAGCUUUCCCCAACCAGUCUAUACAGCUCAUAGCCCCGCCUCAGCAUCUCUUAAGCCCCACCCACAGCACCCUGCCACUUCCCCUCCCCCUGCUGCAGCCCCAGUUCCUUCCUGCCGCCUCUCUCACCUCCGCUGGUGGUGCCAAGCCUGGCCUCACCCAGGUGCAGUACAUCCUGCCCAUCCUGUCUUCUGUCAGUGCCAACCCCAAGAGCCCCUCCCCCCAGCUAACCCAGCAGCCAACCGGCGUCCUCACGCUGCCCUCCACUCCGCCCACCCAUGUCUUCCAGGCCAAUGGAAUACAUUCGGGGGCAGGAGCGGGAAUAAGAUAUGCCGCAGUGGGAGGGGUCAGUCCUGGAGCAAGAGCCCAAGCCCAGUCUCCAGCCUUGCAGAGCAAGAUGUUGGUUCCCAUGGCAACAGUGAGAACAGGCUCUACUCCUCCUCAGCCCAUCUCCCACGUGGCCCCUCCCCUUCCUGUGCAAAAUGGUGCUCUACCAGGAAACAAGAUCAUCCAGAUCGCCCCCAUACCAAUGGUCCAGACAAAUGUCCACCCUGCUGGAGCAGUGCAUCCUGGGAGUCCCUUCCCUGUAUCCAUGGCAACAGCCACUGUGAUGACUCCAGGCAUCAAACCCCCUCAGACUGUGUUGCUGACCUCGCCUCCAACAAGGAUCACGUAUGUCCAAUCCAGCACUGGAGUGGUCUCCACGGCAACGGUCCAGGCCCCUCUCUCUCCAGGACCCGCCUACCUGCCGUCGUCCCUGACGUCUCUGGGCUUCACCGCCAUUGUUCCGGCCGGCCAAGCCCUGAUGCAGCCUCUCGUAGCGGGCCAACCACCCUUGCUAGCCCCAGCCCUUUCCCCUGGAGCCCCUGGGACGGGACGUCAAGUCCUCACCGCCAUCUAUCCGGCCCCAAGCAUCACCCUAGCGUCAGGUGUGGUCGCCAUGACCUCCGUUCCCCCCAAUUUGGCUCAAGAAGUGUCUGGCCAAUCAUCAGCCUUGGCUGUCGGCAUGCAGGGUUCAAAGGACGUUACCCGGUCACAUGAAGAGGGAAUGCCACACCUGACUGCAGAGUUGGAGCAAAAGUCACAGGUGGAGGGCCAGGCCCAACGGAAGAACAAGGCUCAGAUAAAGAAAGAGAAUACGACGGAGGAUGUCGAGGCAUAUAGCAAACCUGGUGCUAACUCAAUGGCUAUGUCCAGCAGCAAUAUACCAACAGGGAGUGAAGAAGACGGUGGUCGAGCCAGCCACAUGAAAGAAGAGAAUACGGACAAUGACCGAGAUUAUGCCAGAGGGAAUGGAGAGAGGGAGAGGGAGAUAAAGAAGGAGAGUGGGACGCCUGAACCAGAGGAGUCCAGGGAGGCAGAGGAUUGGCCCCAUGAGGGCCACAACAAAGGGGACAGUGGCAACGGGGGCCACAGCAAAGAGGCUGGACCGAGGGAACCUCUCCACCCUCCCACAGGACUGGACCAUCCUCCGCCUCCCCCACAGACUGACAGGGACGCGCCCCCCUCAGCCAAGAAAACCAAAUUCCGCCCCCCACCGCUCAAAAAGCCCUCAGACGCCAUUGAAAAGGUCCUGUCGGGGUCCUAUUUCGAGGAGCGUUUUGCCGAGCUGCCAGAGUUCAGGCCAGAAGAAGUGCUGCCCUCUCCCACCCUCCAGAGUCUGGCCACCUCCCCCCGAGCCAUACUGGGCAGCUACCGGAAGAAGAGGAGGAACUCCACAGACCUGGACUCGUCUGCAGAGGACCCCAGCUCUCCCAGGAGGAAGGCUGCCGCUCGGAGCCGUCUCUCCAGCUGCAGCUCGGAGCCCAACACACCAAAGAGCGAGGUCAAGUGUGAGGGGGACAUCUUCACCUUCGACAGAGCUGGCGCUGAGUCUGAGGAUGUCCUGGGGGAGAUGGACAAAGUGCCGUACUCCUCUCUCCGGAGGACUCUGGACCAGCGCAGGGCUCUCGUUAUGCAGCUCUUCCAGGAACACGGCUUCUUCCCUUCAGCUCAGGCCACUGCAGCCUUCCAGGCACGAUACUCAGACACCUUCCCCACCAAACUGUGUCUGCAGCUGAAGAUCAGGGAGGUGAGGCAGAAGAUCAUGCAGACAGCCACACCUGGAACCCCCGGAAUCUCUGAGCCCGGCGGGUCAACAACAGGGGUCAUGGGUUCAACGGACUCCGCCUCGGCCGCCAUCGGCUCCUCCAAUACCAACACUCGAGAUGGUACAGGGACGGAGCCAGGAGAAAGAGGGCGGAGUCCCGAGGAGCCCAGGAACGUGGGCAAAUUGUAGGAAUGGAAAAAAAGGAGAAAAGCAAGAGAAUAGAGAAGGUGGAGAGAAAGUGUCAAAAGACAGAGAGGAGUGUUGUUGUGUCCCACAGCAUGUACAUGUAGUAACAGGACAUCAGUUUCACUUCGGCACAGUUCUGUACUGGCUGUACCCUCAGCACAUUUGUAGUUUGACACAGAACAUUCUGUGGUACACACCAGUGGAGGCUGGUGGGAGAAGCUAUAGGAGAGGGGGAUGGCUGGAAUGGAUUCAUUGUAAUGGCUGGAAUGGAAUAAAAGGAACGGAGUCAAGCACAUGGUUUCCAUAUGUUUGACACCGUUCCAUUUAUUCCACUCCAGCCCUUACAACGAGCCCGUCCUCCUAUAGCUCCCCCCCCCCCCCCACCAGCCUCCACUGGUACACACAUUCUUACUGUCUCUCUCUCGUGCACACACACCCCACCAACUCAGACUGUUACUCUUGGGUGGCAGUCACGAGCACUGUCACACAGAUGUACACAAUGGCACUUUGUAACAAUUUGUGCGGAUUCAGUUUGCAGCCCUCUGUUGCCAUUGACUUCCCUCCCUCCACUCCUCAGCACAGUGGUUGGGAUGUAUCCAAUGUAACAUCCACUGAAAUUCCACAGCCCCUCUAUGCUGCAACAACAGACAGCACUGAACUGGACACACACUGCACACACACAGUCUGCCAGUCAACUCAACACUCGCCUGACCAAGCCUUUGGCCUGCACAGUUUUUAGAGAUUGGAGAAAGUGAGUCAACCAUUGGCUCCCGAAAAAGGGAGGCUGGACUCAGCGUGACCAUUGACCAAUCCCUGGCCCAAUCAGUAAUCAACGUCACAGACAGGCUGAGUUCCUACUGGCUGGAGAGGAUGUUGUAUAUUGAGGUUUCCCCCCUUGUGGAUGCCGUUAUGAGAUAUGAAAUAUGUAAAGAUUGAAGGGUGAUGCGUGACAAAGCAACAAACUCAACAUUGGUUGGCUGUAAACGAGCACAGAGAAAGGCUGAACGAGACAAAUCGUCCAUUCAUUGGUCAACUCAAGAGGCUGCGGAUUCCACCAAGGAAGCCGGAAGCAGAUGAUGUGACAUGGCUCACUUGGCUCCCAAGUGACAGUUGACAAGCAAAAGUAGAUUUAUAACCAACGUCUAGGAGUCACCCAGUGGAUAUGUUGCUUUAUCUUGUAUUGUUGCAGUGGAAAUAACACGUUUUUUCUGUGGCCUGUUUUCUCUCUUGUGGCUCUCAUUGGUGUUUCUCCAGCAUAAACUUAUAUAAAAGGGGUUUGGAAACAGCCCACGCAACCCCUCUUCUAAAUUUUACUUUGGGCCAUUCCCCCUCUCCCAUGACUGCUCAGUAGACACAUAGAGGAGGGGGCAGGCAGUUUGUUUUUAAACGUUGAAAUCAGGUGUUUGCACAAUGUGUGGUCUUGUGACUGCAAUUUAAAUCAGGAAAGUAUUAUUUUUAGAGAUUGUUUCUUAGAAAUAACCUUGUUGUUCAAUGUUAUCAAUCCCCCCUUCUUCCAUUUGGAGCCCCUUUCCCCCUUGCUUCCUUUCCCUGCCCCUCUAACCAAGUGUUAUUAGAAAGUGCCCUUAAGCACUGGUCCAGGGUCAGUUCUGUUACGUAGCUCAGGAUAGCUCUGGUUAGAGUUUAGUUCAGGGAAAACAGAUCCUAGACCAGCCCCGUAGGGCAUUCUCUGGAGCCCUCUCUCUUCCCUCUCUGCCACUUUAUUUUUUUCCUUAUUAAAUGGUGCAAUAGGACAUUUGGAAUGGGUGGGUUAUGUGGGUCUGUGCCAUAGAUAUUUACAGUACAGUCAGAAGACCCAUUCUAACAACUAUGGCAUAAGAAGAACUCUCUGAGAUUGCUAUAUUUGAAGAGAUAGAGCAUAGCUAACUAACUAAAGUCAAAGACAUUCAAAUAGCACUUUUUGCCUCUUCACUUGUUUUGGGAAGAGUUGGGGUAGUUAUGGGUGUACCUUUAUUUCUCUGUAUACAGUUGGAUGUGUGAAAAAUAUCUAUAUUUCCAUAUGUGCAUAUAGAUGUUGUGUGUGUGUUUGCGCACAUGCAUGUAUGGACUCGGCCACAACCUUCACAUACCAUACAAUAAGACAUUAUCAAUCAUAUGUUAUUCACAUAUACUGGAGGCAGUAUUUUUUUUUACAGUCACCAGGACUAUUAUAUGCCACCUUGACUGUUAUAUUAAUGAGAUAGUCCAAGAUCAAACGCAUAGAGUUUAUCAAAGAUUUGUUGAGUCUUGCAAAGGUGAGGCCUGAAAUGAUUCCAUGAACAUGCAUGUGCGCACGCAAACACACAGACAGACAUACACACACACACACACACACACGAAUGCGUGUACACUGUAUGAUUGUGCUUAAAAUAAACUCCAUACCUUGGAGAAGGAAUUUUAGAAUGAGAGAGAUGAGUGUGAGCUCAUAAACAGGCAUGUUGACCAUGUGCAAUAUUUCUAAGCAAAAUAAACAACUAAAUAUUGAAAAUAUUAAAAGACCUAACACAA